ACGCGGGGCGCAUGUUUGGCGCCUUGAUCAUCGGGUAAUCUGAGAUGCUCAAAUGACCCGCGACGACGUACCCUGCCCCUCUCCAGCACGUUGAGCGCAUACACCACGUUUCGAUCUCUCCUUCCAAAGACCAUCCGGGUCCAUGAUGAAGGCCCAUCUUUUCAACGUUGCUGGCAACAUGCCCGGCAUUUUAAAAGGAGGGAACUUCGCAUCUCAGCUUCUCAGCCACCACACCCCCCUCUGAAUCUCCUCGCCACAACUCGGGCUUCUCGACACUAGCAAUGGCGGCCUCCUCCAACGACAUCCUUUCCUGGACCAACAAGGAUCCGCGCGAGAGCCAGUUGUACAACUCCUUCGGCGUCGCGUACCGCUUCCAGACGAACGUGAGCGCCAACAGCAACAGCGUCACGGUCCUCUGGCGCACCAUACGUGCGAACAAGGAAGACCGUGUCGCGAAGCUCGAGUGGUCCGCUACCGGAGGUCUUGGUCGCAUCAUCAUCGGGAAGAACACGCUUCCCAUGGCAGACCUUGUCCGCCCCGACGCCCGUGUGCCCAGAGCACGCAUCUUCAACGGUCCGGACGGUAACCUCUACCGCUGGCGGCCAGCGUCCAACGGUAUGGACAUCGUCUUGCAGGACAUGAACCAGAACGUCAUCGCGUUCUGGCACCCACUCAACCCGCCAUCGCUCUACCAGGCGGGCGAGGUCCACGGCGAGCUGCACUUUAUCCGCACGGCAGGUGCGGGUACUGUGACGCACCCGCCGAUGAUGGACCAUGUCAUCGUCACCGCGAUGCUCUACCGCUUCUGCGAGAUGUGGGGCAUUUGACGCCUACCCCUUCGCUGAACGCGCGCCUCCCCCGUUACGUGACUCCUUCUCUGCUGUAAAUGCGCUCUCCUAUAUUCUCAUAACCAAUUCA